GUUCCCGUUCCCGUCAACAACUUCAUACUGAACCGGUAUCAAUAAUCUGUCACAAUAAAUUUGGUGACAUCAACAUUUUUUAAAUUCUUGAAUAAUUAUUUUGUAUCUGAAAUCUGAAUCAUAAGUAGAGACAAAGAACACUAUUUUUUAGGUAAAAUUCUCCAGUAAUCAUGUCCAAAGUUCACGAAUUUAAUGUAAAAAUGACCUGUGAUGGCUGUUCUGGUGCAGUAGAAAGAGUUUUAAAUAAAUUAAAAGACAAAGGAGUUGAAGAAUUUACCAUUAAUUUGGAGACUCAAAAGGUGGUUGUAAAAUCGUCUCUUCCUGCAAAUGACGUUUUAGAAGUUAUUAAGAAAACAGGGAAAGAAACUACCCUGCUAUCAUCUUCUUAAUGGGGUUUUUUUUGUGAACUUUAUAAUUUGCAGCUACUUUAAUAUACUUAUGUAAGCGAUAUAUGAUAAGUUUUAUUGAAAUUUUACAAUUAUAAAAAUCUAUAUUUUAAUAAUAUAAAACUAGUGUUUUUAAAUUUUUUUUUUUAUAUCCAAAGAUAUUUAAAAUGUUUGGAAUAUGCAAAAUAAAGGAAUAUAACUUAAGGGCUGUUGCAAGAGGCCCUUUCUUAAGUAACUUUGUUGUUACUAAAAAACUGUGAAAUGAGAUGGAUUAUAGAAAUACACAUAGUCUUACUUAUUAUUUAUCCAGUGUAGUCUGUGAAUCAUCAAGGGAUGAUUCACUAAACAAACAAUUUUUUGCUAUUUCAGGUCCAUCACAUCUUGAUUUGACUUAAACUGACUUUUAUCUUUGUUUAACCCUAGAACAGCACAGUUCAUUCAUCUAACGUAGACUGCACAGUGGGGUCUCGAAAACCCUAAUUGUUUUUUUUUGUAAUAAAUGUUAUGUAUUCUGUAAAGUGAGGCUACUUUGUGACACAUAGGCCUACUUUGUGACAGUGACCUCUAAAGUUAAAUGUAUUAACUUGGCUGAGUCACUAGAAAUACUGGAAUAAUUAAAAUGUUUUAUUUCAAUAGUAGAUUAUGUGUGCUAUCUAGGGGACAAUAACCAAAUUUUUCAGUACAUCUUCCUUUGUCAUGCCACAGCUGGUUUGAUUGUCGUGAAAACAGGUGAUUUUGGUUUGGCGCGCAAACUUUGUCUUGCCCAGAAGAAUUAUUAAAAGAUAUUUCUACCAAAGUAAGUUUAUAUUUUAACACAAUAUGUUGCUUCAAUUUAGUUUUAAAAUGUUUGCUUUUAUUAGUUUGUUUUAACAUUGUUUCAUGAAAUUAUGAAUAAAAAAAGUGCAAAAACA